AUGAACCCCAACAUUUCCUCCAGCUCCGCUCAACGCCGCCGCCCCUCCGCCCACGCAGCCCCGGCGCGAGAUAUCAGGCGCCAUUCAGGCCUCUCCAUCUACUCAGCAAGCGAUCAUGCGCCUGUUACCCCGAUCAUUCCUACGGCGGGCGAGCUCCACGGGGCCAGCCCGACGAUAACAGAGGAAAUCAAUGAGAUCAAGAGAUACGAGGACUUUACGACAAUCGAUUGGGUGCAGGAUGCGGUUCACGAACAAGCUCGACGCCGGGCGCGGAGGAAACAAGGAGCUAGGUUUUGGGAUAAGGAGGGAGCGUUUGGAUGGAGGCGGAAAGUCAGCGAGGCUUACGAUGCAGGCCAGGCAUGGCUGGUUGUCACAAUUGUUGGAGCGGCCAUUGGGCUGAAUGCCGCAUUUUUGAGUAUCGUCACGGAGUGGCUGGCGGAUGUCAAACUGGGAUACUGCACGACCGCAUUCUACUUGAAUGAAGCGUUUUGCUGUUGGGAAGCGGUGAAUGGGCAGUGCCCGGAAUGGAGAAGAUGGAGCAGCUUGCCGCCAGUAAACUACAUUGUUUACUUUAUCUUUGCUGUAAGCGGGCCCCCGUCCCUUUUUUGCGUUGACGCCAUCUUACGCUUUCAGAUCCUAUUCGCGUUUUCAGGCGCCGUGUUGAUUGAUGCGAUUGCCCCUUACGCCGCCGGAUCAGGCAUAUCAGAAAUCAAAGUCAUCAUUGCGGGUUUUAUUAUGAAAGGAUUCCUUUCUGCGAGGACCUUGUUGAUCAAAUCAAUCGGCCUACCUUUAGCUAUCGCCGCUGGGCUCUCAGUCGGAAAAGAAGGCCCAAGUGUUCAUAUUGCCGUCUGCACCGGAAAUGUGAUAUCUAGGUGGUUUAGCAAAUAUAAGAGGCAUGCGGCCAAAACGCGAGAGAUCCUGACGGCCACGUCUGCUGCAGGCGUAGCAGUUGCUUUUGGUAGCCCGAUAGGCGGAGUUUUGUUUUCCUUGGAGGAAAUGGCAUCUCAUUUCCCCCUCAAGACAUUAUGGAGAAGUUACUUUUGCGCCUUGGUAGCGACCGGGGUUCUUGCGGCUAUGAACCCCUUUAGAACGGGUCAAUUGGUCAUGUUCCAAGUCAAAUAUGAUAGGACAUGGCAUUUCUUUGAGCUUAUUUUCUUUGUGAUUCUCGGCGUUUUUGGAGGAUUAUACGGAGCAUUUGUCAUGAAGUGGAAUCUACGAGCUCAGGCGUUCCGGAAGAAGUACCUCUCGCGCCAUCCUAUAUUAGAGGCAACCGUCCUAGCCGGUCUAACGGCGCUUGUUUGUUACCCGAAUAUGUUCAUGAGGAUUACAAUGACUGAAAUGAUGGAAAUAUUAUUCCGUGAAUGCGAAAGAGAGCACGACUAUAACGGUAUUUGCCAGGCUGCUCGCCGGUGGUCGAUGGUAUUUUCUCUUUUCAUGGCCACGAUAUUGCGAGUCCUUUUUGUGAUUAUAUCCUAUGGCUGUAAGGUGCCAGCAGGUAUAUUCGUCCCAUCCAUGGCAAUCGGGGCAUCUUUCGGACGAAUGGUUGGAAUCCUUGUUCAAGCACUUCAGGAAUCAUUCCCGAACUCGAGCUUUUUCGCCUCCUGCGAGCCUGACGUCCCUUGUAUAACACCGGGUACAUAUGCUUUCCUGGGCGCGGGCGCCGCACUGAGCGGGAUCAUGCAUUUGACGAUUUCCGUAACAGUCAUUAUGUUCGAGCUGACAGGAGCAUUGACUUACAUUCUACCUACUAUGAUUGUCGUUGGCGUGACAAAAGCCGUCAGUGACCGUUUCGGAAGAGGAGGCAUCGCAGAUCGCAUGAUCUGGUUCAACGGAUUUCCCUACCUUGACAGCAAAGAAGAGCACAUCUUCAACGUCCCAGUCUCCCAUGCAAUGACGAAUAAACCCGUUGUUCUUCCCGCAAUGGAUUUUCCUGUCCGUCAAGCUGAGCGACUGCUUGAAAACAACAUGUUUCAAGGCUUCCCGAUUGUCGAAGACCUCACUUCGCGAACAUUGAUCGGAUUCAUCGGACGCACCGAGUUCCAGUACGCGAUCAAUCGAGCUAAGAAAGAAGGCCUCUUUUCGCCAAACGCGAAGUGUCGAUUCAUUUCUCAGCCCAACACAUAUGACCCCAGCAGUUAUCCCAGAACAAGAUCCAAUCCAUCGCCGACUUCAUCUCUAUAUUUCGACCCUCCAACAGUUGCGUCCUCCUCGUCUGAAGCCGCUGAAACACACCUACCACCGCCCCAGACAUUCGAAGACAUCGCCUCAUCGUCUGGAAUCCGCGCCAUUGAUUUCAGUCCAUACGUUGACCUUGCGCCGAUAACCGUGCAUCCACGCCUCGCACUCGAAACAGUCAUGGAAAUAUUUAAAAAGAUGGGACCCCGCGUGAUCCUAGUUGAACACCGUGGUCGGUUGUCGGGGCUGGUAACCGUCAAGGACUGUUUAAAGUAUCAGUUCAAAGUCGAACAUCAGGAGCUUGCAGAUGCGAAUGCGGCGAGUGGUGAUAGGCCCCCUGCACAUGGCAAUAUGGCAGAAGGGCUGGUGGAGCAGAAGGCGUGGGAGAUCAUUCAGUGGGUUGUUGGAAAGGUCUCCUUUUGGAAAAAGGGACAUGCUAGGUUGGGUGAGGGAUUUGAGAGCGGGAAUUCGCGGACGAGAGACGGUUCAUUUGAUAUCAUCGACGGGACAGAGGAGAGUGAUGGGUUUGAUGGAUUUGUAGAAUUGGGUGAGAGAGAUGAUGGGCGGCUAUAG